AUGAGCGGAACAAUGGUUUCAGAACCACUCAACCUGGGUAAUGCCACAAAACUCCCAUUAGGCGACAAUUUAUCUUAUCAACAACAGCAGCAACAAAAACUUUCCGUUGAAAUUUCAAAAAAGUCAUCGAGUUCUAAUAGUCUAGAACUACACCAAAGACGCGUUAAACAAAAUCUUCAAGUGGCCGCUGCUGGUGAAGACUACUUAGUGGAACAAGGAAAGUCAGUGGUACACUAUAUCUUAAAUCCACGGGAAUUACGAGAUGACCACCCAGUUUGGCAUUAUGCUUAUUUAAUCGUGUUAAUUUUUGCUGCAUUUAUUGCCUUGUUUAUUGGACCGGUGGUGUUUGGUAUGCUUGCUACUUUUGGCGGUAUUGGUGCACCAUUUCUUUUAUCAUUGGCUGGUGCGGGGGUUGGACUUUUCGCUGGAUUGGUGUUUGGUGUGGUGUUUGCAGUUGUCUGUAUUGUAGGAUUGAUCAGAGUUGUUGGCUUAGCUGCCGGCUGGGUUUUGGACACACUUUGGCUUGGUGGAAAUGACAUGUUGGAUAUUACACGUAGCCUUGCUCAAAUGAUUGUUGAUCCAUCCAAAAUUCAACAACAUCAACUUCAGCAUUAG